GUUAUUCAGAAUGAAAAAGGAUAACUAUACGGGUAUUGCUCUUGCGAGAACGCAAUAGAUAGAGUGAAAGAGUAUAUAAUAUGUCAUGAGAAGGGGAAAGAAUUACGUAUUAUAAUUAUAGAGUGAGCGAGUGAAAGGGACUUGUAUCGGUCGUUCAAAGUGGAGGGGCAUGAUUGUGAUGAGUCGGGGUGCCUUCGUAUCGCUUGUAAACUCGUACUCCUCGUACUACGUGUAGUAUGAAAAGAAGCUUCGUGCUGUGACGUCAGCACAGUAUUUCGGUAUAGUUGCGUGAAACAUUGUUACGAAAUUGUAUUCGCAUAGAAUUUAUUCUAAUCCAACGAAAGUGAACGUGUUCGAAUUCGGUUCAUAUGUGCUUGCGAUUGAAUAUUAGUGUAUAUCGUACAUAGUCGUAGGAUUCAUUUGGUCAUCGUAAGUGUAGCGCGUGCAGCAGGUAGUCGGAACAUCGACCGACAGCCAUCAUUGUUGUCAAGAUGGCGUCGAAAGGAAAGCUAGCAACCGAGCAUGGCCGCUCAGACUCGUACAGGGUCGCAACGUUACCAAAAAUUCGCGACGACAACAAAACGGCCGACGGGAUGUACAAGUCGCGGCGGAAGAAUCCAAAGCGGAGGACGGACAAUUUAGAGGACCUGAAACAGGAGUUGGACAUUGACUUCCACAAAAUUACACCCGAGGAACUGUAUCAAAGGUUUCAGACGCACCCCGAAAACGGCCUCAGCCACGCGAAGGCAAAAGAGAAUCUGGAGAGGGACGGUCCAAACUCGCUUACACCGCCGAAACAAACACCGGAAUGGGUGAAAUUCUGUAAAAAUCUGUUCGGCGGUUUCGCGUUGCUGUUGUGGAUCGGGGCGAUCCUCUGCUUCAUCGCGUACUCGAUCCAAGCGUCGACGAGCGAGGACCCGAACGACGACAAUCUGUACCUGGGCAUCGUGUUGGCGGCGGUCGUAAUAGUGACGGGUAUAUUCUCGUAUUACCAGGAGAGCAAGUCGAGCAAGAUAAUGGAAUCGUUCAAGAACAUGGUACCCCAAAUCGCGAUCGUAAUCAGGGAAGGCGAGAAACUGACGUUGAAGGCCGAGGACUUGGUGCUCGGCGACGUGGUCGAGGUAAAGUUCGGGGAUCGUAUACCGGCCGACAUCCGGAUCAUCGAGUCGAGGGGAUUCAAGGUGGACAACAGCUCGUUGACGGGCGAGUCGGAGCCCCAAUCGAGAUCGCCGGAGUUCACGAACGAGAACCCGUUGGAGACGAAGAAUCUCGCCUUCUUCUCGACGAACGCCGUCGAGGGAACCGCGAAAGGAGUGGUGAUCUGCUGUGGCGAUCAGACAGUGAUGGGAAGGAUUGCUGGUCUAGCAUCCGGCCUUGAUACUGGUGAAACGCCGAUCGCUAAGGAGAUUCAUCAUUUCAUACACCUGAUCACGGGGGUUGCCGUAUUCCUCGGUGUUACCUUCUUCAUCAUAGCCUUCAUCCUCGGUUACCACUGGCUCGACGCAGUCAUCUUCCUGAUCGGGAUCAUCGUCGCCAACGUGCCGGAGGGUUUGCUCGCGACCGUCACCGUCUGCCUCACGUUGACCGCCAAACGGAUGGCGUCCAAGAAUUGCCUGGUGAAGAAUCUCGAGGCCGUGGAGACGUUGGGCUCCACGUCGACCAUCUGCUCGGACAAGACGGGCACCCUCACCCAGAAUCGUAUGACCGUUGCCCACAUGUGGUUCGACAAUCAGAUCAUCGAGGCGGACACGACCGAGGAUCAAUCGGGAUUGCAAUACGACCGCACGAGCCCCGGCUUCAAGGCGUUGGCAAAGAUCGCGACGCUGUGCAACCGUGCCGAGUUCAAGGCGGGCCAGGAGGACAAGCCUAUCCUGAAGAGGGAGGUGAACGGGGACGCGUCCGAGGCCGCACUGUUGAAGUGCAUGGAGCUGGCCCUGGGCGACGUGAUGGGGAUAAGGAAGCGUAACAAGAAAGUGUGCGAGAUCCCGUUCAACUCGACCAACAAGUACCAGGUCUCUAUCCACGAGUCGGACAAUCCGGACGACCCGAGGCACCUGCUCGUGAUGAAGGGCGCCCCGGAGAGGAUUCUCGAUCGUUGCUCCACGAUAUUCAUCGGUGGCAAGGAGAAGGUGCUCGACGAGGAGAUGAAGGAGGCGUUCAACAACGCUUACCUCGAGCUUGGCGGCCUCGGUGAACGCGUGCUCGGUUUCUGCGACUACAUACUGCCGUCCGACAAAUUCCCGAUCGGCUUCAAGUUCAACUGCGACGACCCGAACUUCCCGGUGGACGGACUCCGCUUUGUGGGCCUCAUGUCUAUGAUCGACCCGCCCAGGGCUGCGGUGCCCGACGCGGUCGCCAAGUGCCGUUCAGCCGGCAUCAAGGUCAUCAUGGUAACCGGUGACCAUCCGAUCACUGCCAAAGCCAUUGCCAAAUCUGUCGGCAUCAUCUCUGAAGGUAACGAGACCGUCGAGGACAUUGCUCAACGGUUGAAUAUCCCCGUAUCCGAAGUCAAUCCUCGCGAGGCCAAAGCCGCCGUCAUCCACGGAACCGAACUCAGGGAACUGAACUCCGACCAACUGGACGAGAUCCUCAGGUACCACACCGAAAUUGUGUUCGCCCGUACCUCGCCUCAGCAGAAGCUCAUCAUCGUCGAAGGCUGCCAGCGAAUGGGUGCUAUCGUCGCUGUGACCGGCGACGGUGUGAACGACUCCCCCGCGUUGAAGAAGGCAGACAUCGGGGUGGCAAUGGGUAUAGCUGGCUCGGACGUGUCCAAGCAGGCGGCCGACAUGAUCCUGCUCGACGACAACUUCGCCUCGAUCGUGACCGGUGUCGAGGAGGGCCGGUUGAUCUUCGACAACUUGAAGAAAUCCAUCGCGUACACCCUCACCUCGAACAUCCCCGAGAUCUCACCCUUCCUGGCGUUCAUCCUUUGCGACAUCCCCCUGCCCCUCGGCACCGUCACCAUCCUCUGCAUCGAUCUGGGAACAGACAUGGUGCCAGCCAUCUCACUUGCCUACGAGGAGGCAGAGAGCGAUAUUAUGAAGCGACAUCCACGAAACCCCUUCACUGACAAGCUAGUUAACGAAAGUGGUGGAUGGCAGGUGCCGGCCAUCUCGCUAGCUUACGAGGCACCGGAGUCGGACAUUAUGAAACGGCAGCCCCGCGAUCCUUACAGAGACAAUCUUGUCAACCGAAGGCUUAUUUCGAUGGCGUAUGGUCAGAUCGGUAUGAUCCAGGCAGCCGCCGGUUUCUUCGUCUACUUCGUGAUCAUGGCUGAGAACGGAUUCCUGCCGCUGCAUCUCUUCGGCAUUCGAAAACAAUGGGACUCGAAGGCAAUCAACGAUCUUCGUGACAGCUACGGCCAGGAAUGGACGUACAGGGAUCGUAAAACGCUCGAAUUUACCUGCCACACAGCCUUCUUCGUUUCGAUCGUUAUCGUUCAAUGGGCCGAUUUGAUCGUAUGUAAGACGCGACGUAAUUCCAUCAUCCACCAAGGAAUGAGAAACUGGGCCCUCAACUUUGGUUUAAUAUUCGAGACCGCCCUCGCCGCGUUCCUAAGCUACACACCCGGCAUGGACAAGGGUCUCCGCAUGUUCCCUCUCAAAUUCGUUUGGUGGUUGCCCGCCCUUCCCUUCAUGUUCGCCAUCUUCAUCUACGACGAGACGAGACGAUUCUACCUCCGCCGGAAUCCAGGAGGCUGGCUCGAGCAAGAAACUUACUAUUAGACGCGAAGGAAAAUUUAAUCAUACACGCAGAGCGCGCGCGCAAGAGUUACAAGAGCGAGAGAUGCAGAGAGAAUGAUGAGAGAAAGAGAGAGAGUGAAAUAUGCAUAUUACCCACGCAGAUAUACACCGAGAAACUAAGUAAAGAAAAAAAAAAAACGAAUAAAACUUGAAAAAAAGAAAAAAAAAAGAAGAUACAACCGAACAAUGGAAUAAAAAAAAAAAAAAGAAAACGUUAAAAAAUCACUCACGUUAUAUAUACACACACACACAGACACAUACACACACACACACAGAGACACACACACAUGUAUACAUAUUUUAUCAUGGGGCGUGCUAUUCGGGUUUAACUGUCGCGAAAUAAUAACGAGAUAUAUUCAGAUGGGGACAAUUCGCAUCAGCCGAGCCGAAUCGUCGAACGAUCAUCGCCAUAAUAAUUACAGUAUAGAGUGUCUUGCAGUCUUGUUUCAUUGAAGAAAUUUAAAAAAAAAAUAUAUAUAUAUAAAUAAAAAAAAAAAUGCUUCGCGUGGGAGUAGAAAAAGUGGCUUACGAGCACUCUCGUUACACACGGUGUGUGAAGUACAAAAAAAAGAAAAACAAAAUAUAAAAUGAAAAAAAAAAAAUAAAUAAAUAAAAUAGGAAGAGAGACGAGAAAACGAUGUGCAUGAGAAAGAACAAAAUGCGUUCGUCGUUCUGGCUCUGCGAGUUGCUUGCACGCGCGUGCCGGUGUAUCAUUAAACAGAGAUUGUCGUUCGAGAAACAUCGAAGGGAUCGACGAAGAGAAAAAAGGGUUCUACGAGCAACGUCGUCGGGAAGACUUCGAGCUUCCGGGUACACACAACGUUUGAUACGAUUCACGAGGGUUAUAGGGGUUGGUGCUGCCAUUGGAUUAUCGGCGAUCGAACGAGUAAGGGAAAAAAAGAAAAAAAAAAAAGAAAAAGGAUGUCUGUAGUAGGGCCUAAGCACGAGUAUCAAAAGAGAGGAAAAAUAUGGCGUAGGACGGUAUCACCAAGAAGAUGAGGAUAACUGUGAAAGGAAGGUACAAGUAUUGGCAGAGGACACCCGUGUAUCUUUUUGGAAAUCGAGGGAUACAAAGAGUGGCGACAAAUCGUCGGAUAACGCGCACGUCCGUAUGAACGUCGACGGGUGUACGACAUGGAUGAACCUUUUAAGAAAAAAAAAAAAAAAAAGCGGAUAAUUAGCAUCGUGGAGCAUUCCGUAGACGUCUUGUGAUAUCAGAGAAAAAAAAAAUAUUCAUAUAGGCAUCCCGUUAAGUAAAAGGAGCAAAGAUCACUGCGCUAGAUUGGCACGCCCUUGUUAAGAGUUUAAAAAAAAAAAAAUUAAAAAAUGCAAUGUAGUCACGGUAUAAAAAAAAAUAAUAAAUAAAUAAGAGCGGUAUUAUAAAUGUUACACUGAUGCAGAAGUUUAAAAAUCAAUAACGAGAAUAUCAUUCGCAAUCGACAUACAUGAAAGAAACGUAUUUACAUAUAGACGUCUCGUGACACCUACAUUCUUAAAUAGAAACUUCUUAAUUGUUAAUUAAAGAAAAAUAAAAUAAAAUAAAAUAAAAUAAAACGAGAAAUUCAGUACGCUAGAUUGGCACGCCCUAGAAAGAAGUUAUUCACAACGCGCCAAAGAGGGAGAGAGGAUAAAAGGGAAAGAGAAUAAAUAAGAAAUUUAAAUAAAGAAGAGCGUAAGAAAAAUAAGUAUGCAAAAGUAAUGAAAACGCGUUAUUCAGUACUCAUUAUUAUUCUUAUUACAAGUAAAUUCGGUUCGAAUCUUUAAAAUCAAAUCUGAGUAGCUAUCGAGAUCAGAACUCGCAUCGUAUAAAUAUUUUAGUAGUUUGUGAAUCUCUAUGUGAGAAUCGUUACGCGAAGGAAGAACAAGCCAGGAAGGAACUGUAAAGAAAAGAAUGAAAAAAAUAUUAGAUGCGCGGGGGCGAACACGGGGAAUAAAGGCAAACAGACAGUAUGAUGAGUACCUAUCAAUUGAAUCACUACCAAGAAAAGAUACAAAGGAAACUAGAUAAACAAGAAGAGGACAGAAAUAGUAAGAAUAAAGAAGAUAUAUGUGUUAUUUAAGUUGCGCGCUACAAAAUGGUAAAGCGGCGGUCACAGUUUUGGUAACCGUUGAAUUAGAUGAACUGCGUGCCACAAUACUAUUGACAAAACUGGAUAAAUGAAUUACGAAGUUAUUGAUUGAAAAAGAAAAACGGGAAAUAAAUAGACAUUAAUAAGAGCGAGAAUUUUAAAUAGCUACGCCGCUCCGGGGCCUUGUAGUUUCCUGGGUGAAGGCGCUACGAUAGUCGAGAUAACAGGAUAUUAAAAAUGCUAGUAGAGGAUGGUAACGACAUAGGAGAAGCACAGAAGAAUGAAAAUGAGAAAUAAGACAGACAAAUGGAAAAAAAAAAAAAAACAAUUCUUACUUAGGCGAAACUAAAAGUAAAGGAAAAAAAAGAUAUAAAUUCAUUCUCUUAGUUUCUUCAUAGGUUUAAAAACGCCAGCGGGACAGCUCGCUAUAAAUCAUAUUGACCCCCGAACGCAGGACGCCCUGUACCACCAACCCGUGGUCUGUCGUGUGUAUGUGUGUGACAGUAUCGAAACAACGCCCUUUGGAAUUUUUUUUAGGAGCAACAACAAACCACCAACAACAACACACAAAAAAAAAAAUGUAAAACAAAAAAACGAUAAACGAAGGUGACUUAAAAUACCUGCCACGCGACUUUUCGGGCCGGGACGAUCCGAGACGUGCGAUCAUGUCAGGGCUUGUUUCGAGUUUCUUAAAUGUGAAAAAACAAACGCAUACAAAAAAAAUCUGUUUUCGUUUCUCUUUGCUUACGUCAGUUUUAAUCCUUGUUGCUCGCUUUCGCGAUUUUUCGGUGUGUACAUGCGCGCAUGCGCUGGCAACGUCGGUGAAGAGGGCGCUUCGUUUUAAGCGGAAAACCGGGGCGGAGCGUAGGUAAUGACAAACUCGUUGUCAAAGUUUAUCAUCGCCAUGUGGUUCCGACGAUAUUGGAAAUCAACGAACAGCCUCGAUGGGUACUCCACGUUCUCUGGUUCCACUGUUCCGCACGAAUCAAGACGAAUGGACCGGUCGAGGAUUCAGGUAGACAAAGGGUGACGCUCACUCGGCGGCCCUGGCCCCAAAACUACCCUAAGUGUUCAAUAAUCGAGGUGUUCUCGAGGUGCCGUACACGCGUAACACGUUCUUCACUCGCCAAUUCCAUUGAAUUUCGAUUUAUUCGCGAAUAUAAAAAAUUAUAUUCCAAGGGUUACAAUUUUCCUCCAGCCCUUCCGAUGAUUUUUCUCUGUUGUGCGCGCGAAAGGCUGGUCGAAUCAUUUGAACCCAUUUAUAAACAUAAAUAAUGUUGAAAUAUGAAUUCAAUCGAGAAAUUCGAUGGAACAGGUGAAGCUUUAUCGUUUUUGAGACACAUGGAUCGUCAAUUCGAAUCCAACCGACAACUUUUUAAAAGGAAAAAGAAAGAAAAAGUGAGGGAGAGAAACGGAAAGAGGGCAGCAGUGUACCGUUGCGUUGCUCGUCGAACUCGGACUUGAAUUAGACCCCCAAUAAAAAUUAAACAAAAUGAUAAUAUUUAAAAAAAAAAACGUCCCUAUUUUCUUCUUCCAGCAAGCGGAAGAAGAAGACAAAUCAGUUGAAAAAAAAAAAAUCAAUCAUCAGUGCUAGCUGUUGGAAAACAAAGAGCUGUUCAAUAUUAAGCCAGUUAAUUACGUUGUCAUAAUGUUUCUUGGUUUCGCGUUGCGGGAUAGUGUAUACCGAUAGCUCCGUGUGUGUGUUAUUAGAAAAAUCGAUCAUUCCUGUCACAACGAAAUCGAACCAAAAUGGAG